AAGAGCUUCCCGCAACCUGAAAUCUGAGCUUCAACAUCGAAUUGACGCAAUAGCUGGCAAUAAUCUUCUCCCAACUUUACCUUCGAGAUCAACAGUCAUCGUACGAAGAUUCAUGGACCUUGUUGGUUGACCCGAAACUCCUAGAUUAUCUCCCAGAAGACACAACUACGCUUGUGCCCGUCGGCAAGAUGUCACUGAGUCCGCCAGGCUAUCUCGGCACCCUCCAGAGCAAUAUCAGAGCUCGUCCUAUACCCUGGGACGGUGCCGUUCGAGCGGGAAACCUAACAGAAGACCAGCUCAAGAGAAUCAGAUCGGUUGACAAGGUCAGGAAAGAGCAGCGGAAACAGACAAUCGAGAAAGAUGUGAACAGCUACAGUGCUCUGCUUAUCGGCGGCACAGACGGUGGCAGUGUGCUUGAAAAAGCCUCGAAGCGUAGCGACAUCAUCCAAUACAGUCUAGUACUGGCAACGGACCUCAUCAAUGAUGCUCCAGAUCUCGCAAAAGCUAUUCUAGAGCACCCUGAACCCUAUAGGAGCUUCCUGUCCUUUCUCAACCAGGGAAACGACCCUAAGGACCCCAUCCCCCUCCUCUCCGCCACAUUUCUAGUCAAUCUUAUCGCCAUUUCUAUAACGACCUCCUCACGCCCAGCUAGGCGAGAUGACGAGGCGCUCCCGCAGGUCUACUCGUACCUGGCCACAUUGGUCAAGGAUCAAGACAGUGGAUUACAGGAUAUCGGGGUACAGCACAUGUCACAAUUACUGCGGACGAAGCGAUCAAAAGAACUAUUCUGGAGCCAGAGACAGGAUACGGUCGAUCCUUUGUUCGACAUCUUGAGAAAAGCCGCUGGAGCUGCAAAAGACAAUGACUCUACGCUGUGGAGUGGCAACGCUAGUAUACGGAGCAAUGACACGAGAUUUGGUGAAGGGGUAGGCCUGCAAUUGAUGUACCAUGUGUUACUGGUAAUAUGGCAGCUCAGCUUCGAGGGUGAGCUAGUGGGCGAAGGUCUUGAAAAGGACGAGGAGAUUGUGCCGCUGUACACACAGCUUCUGCGGAUGUCACCCAAGGAGAAGACUACCCGACUCCUGUUGGCAACACUGAACAACCUUCUUGCAACCAAUAAGGAGACGCUGAUUGCGACUGCAACAACUGCCAGGCUUCCUACCCUGCUGAGCAAUCUGAGCAGUCGUCAUCUGACUGAUCCCGAUUUAUUGGAGGAUUUGGAGGCGUUGAAGACGAUGCUUGAAGAAUACACAAAGAAUCAGACAACAUUUGACGAGUACGCUGAUGAGGUAAAUUCUGGCCAUCUACGCUGGUCACCACCCCAUCGUAAUCCGACUUUCUGGCGUGAAAACGCACGCAGGAUCCUGGAGGACAAAAGCGGCGAACUCCCCAAGAAACUGGCCGAGAUCCUGUCUAAGAGCUGGGAGUCGGACAAGCAAGUGUUGGCCGUCGGGUGCAAUGACGUGGGGAACUUGGUGAAGCAUGUUCCGGAGCAACGGACUGCGCUCGAGAAACUGGGCCUCAAGGCUCGGCUUCUGGAGUUGAUGGGCGAUCCCGACGAGAAUGUGAGGUGGGAGAGUCUCAAGGCCGUAGGUGACUGGAUGAGGUACACGUUCGAUAAGUGAGUGGCUGGGCUUUUGGCACGAAGUUCGGCGCUGAUUGAGGCCAUGAAACGGGUUGAUCAUGGCCGAGACAUUGAUUCCUCUAGAGUCGUGGUUUGUGGCGGCAAAGACGCAUUGCUUUUGGUUGCUGUAUAAGAGAGAAAGGAAAGAACGCUCCACAGGUCUUUUAGAAGCAAUGGCCCCUUAAUUAUACUCCGAACUCCGUGCUCC